UGGGAGCAUCAUGAACAUAAAACAACAAGCAUUUUCUUGGCUAUACACGACCGCAAUAUAUCAAUGUCGCCGUCGUUACAAAUCAUACUGCCACCAAAACAGCGAAACCAAGCAGAUUUUAGAGCACCACCACCAUCUCCAAUAGGAAACAACCGAAAAUCAACAACGUUCAUAUUGCCACAACAAAACCAGACAGAUUUUAGAGCACCACCACCAUCUCCAAUAGGAAACAACGACACAAAUCGGAAAUCAACGUUCGUAAACGAAAAUGAACUGAACGAGUUUCUCGAACGUUCACUUCAAGUUCCUGAUCUAGUUUUACCCAUUAAUCGAGUCUUUCCUAGAGAAAUAUUAUCUACAAAAAAGCCACCAGAAAUUGAUUACAACUCAUUGACUUCUUCAACUCAGUUUGACUCUAAGGUUCUAGAGUCAAUUUCAGUUAUCGGUUGUUUCCAGUUACUUAACCAUGGAAUUUCAAACGAUCUGAUUCAAUCGGUUUUGAAUGAUUCUGUGGGAGUGUUUGGAGUUUCUAAAGAGUAUAAAUCGAUUUUGUCGAGGAAUUCGGGAAAACCAUACGGGUUCGAGGAGUUCUCCGGUGGUGGCGAUGAGGAGACGGAAACGAGUGAAGAGUUCGUUUGGUGUAGAGAUUCCGGAUUGAAUAUGCUAAUGGAGGUAUUCUGGUCUGACGGAUAUUUAAAUUUCAGCCAAAAAUUAGAAAACCUUUCAACAGAGAUACAGAAGAUUGCAACCAAAAUUCUGAGGGUACUAUCGGAAUCAAAUACACUCAUUCGUAGAGAGUUGGCCAAGGAAAAUACUAAUCUGACAGACAAGGAUGGUUUGAUCUGUUGUAUGCAUAAGCACUGCAAAAACAUUAAUCUUGAUACUGGAAAUGCACGGUUAUGUGAGAACUCGCUGAAGUCGGACGUCAUACGAAUGCUGGUAAAAGGAUCUGAUUACUCCCAUGCGCUGUCUGUUCAUGUCUUUGAUGCGUCUUCGUCAGACUUUAAUCUAUAUUCCAAGAAAGGAUGGGUUUCUUUUUGUCCCAGCAGAAAUGCUCUUGUUGUUACCGUUGGAGAUCAAAUUCAGGCAUGGAGUGUUGGGCAGUACAAGCAUGUAAUCGGAAGGCCGCUUUUCCAGCGAAAAGCUGAGAAUAGAGUAUCAAUGGCUUUCCAUUACUCCCCUUCAACCAUCAGUGCUGCAGAAAAAUUCCCAUCAACAGAAAUAAAUAGUAUCACUCUUCGACAACAAUGUCGUCUAGCUAUCUUCUUCAUUCUUUUCUACCAUUUCAUACCCAGCAAUUUCAGAUUGGGUAUUUUCUUCACUCUUUUCUACCAUUUCACACUCAGCAAUUUCAGUCUGGCCAUCUUCUUCACUAUUUUCUACCAUUUCAUACUCGGCAAUUUCUGACGUUACUGCUUUUCUUUUGGAUGUUCCCGUCAUAAAUGUAUUUGCUCAAGAUUUUUUUUUUUUUUUUGGUAAUUGAUGCAAGCGUUUUUCA